UGUGAAGCCAGUGGAAUUGUGAAUAAACAAAAAGUUGUAUAUCAAUAAACAAUCUAAACAUUCAAAAUGGAAGAAAAAGAUAAUGUACCUGGUGACGUUAAGGUAGAGCAAGCAGAAGUGAAAACCCGUGUUGAUCUAGACAAGAUCUUAGUAGAAGAAAUCGGUCAAUUUGGAUGGUUCCAGCUACGGACGUGGGCGUUGGCGGCAAUCGCUGUAAUAUUUAGUGGAUUUGCGUCCGCUGAAUAUGUGUUCACGACGGCGAGAAUUAACACCAGGUGCCUCAUCCCGGAGUGUGAAUCUACAGACCAGCCCAUCGAGUUCGCACCGUCAUGGAUUUUAAACGCUAUUCCUCCUUCUGGCUCCUCAUUCGAUGGCUGCCAGCGUUUCGCCAACGUUUCGAUUUAUCAGCUCGAUGACGUUUGUCCUGCUAGUCUGUUCGACUCUAGCAACGUCGUGGAUUGUGAGGAGUACGUCUAUGAGAAUACUGACACUGUUGUCUACACUUUCGGGCUAGCAUGUCGGGAUUGGCAGCGCUCCUUCAUUGGUACUGCGAGUGCGUUUGGAACACUAGCGUGCUUACCUAUUACGGGAUUCGUAUCGGACCGAUGGGGGCGGCGUACGGCGCUGAUUAUCAAUGCUAUUAUUCGUGCUUCUCUUGGCCUGAGCCGUUCGUGGACGAACACAUAUGUGGGUUUCACUCUACUGGAAUUCCUUGAAGCCGCCUUAGGUGGUGGCGUCUUUACUUGUGCUUAUAUUUUAGUGAUGGAGAUGGUUGGACCUCGGAUGCGUGUCGCGUUUGGAACUUCCAUGAACUCCUCUUUCUCGGUCGGCUGCGUCAUCGCUGGCCUAUUGGCCUGGGCUUUCAACGACUGGCGCGACUUUACCCGCGCUUUAUAUAUCCCAAUGUUCAUCAUUAGCUUCUCCCUCUGGUUCGUCCCCGAAUCAGUCCGCUGGUACAUGAGCAAGGGACGUUACCAAGAAUCUGAGACUGUUCUCAAAACAGCAGCAAGAAUUAACGGAAGACAACUGUCAGACAAGUCGUUGGAAGCUUUGAGGGAAUCAGUGGAAGAAGAGAAGAGGAAGAAUGAGAUGGAAGCGGAGAAUAAAAAGAAAGAGCCGUGGUUAAUAGUUCAAGUGUUCAGACAUAAACCAAUCUUGAUACGGUGUUUAGUGUCGCCUUUCUGGUGGAUAACCUUUACUAUUGUUUACUACGGGUUGUCCGUAAAUGUUGUGAACAUAUCAGGGAACCGCUAUUUGAACUACGUGGCGGUAUCUGCUGUGGAGAUUCCUGGCUAUUGGACGUCAAUGUUCUUGUUGGGCAUCAUUGGGAGGAAGCCGGUGCUCAUCGCCGCAUUUUGGGUCUGCGCCGCCUGCCAAGCGGCAUAUGUUUUCAUGCCUGACGGUUAUUACGAUUUUUCCCUGGCGGUGUACCUGAUCGGCAAGUUCUCCAUCGCCAUGGUGUCCGCAGGGCUGUACGUGUAUACAGCGGAGUUGUAUCCUACCAGAAACCGCCACAGUCUGCUAGGUUACUCCUCCAUGGUCGGAAGGAUCGGGUCUAUUCUAGCCCCCCUCACUCCAGCAAUGGGCAACUCCACAUUUGACGAGCUACCGUUUGUCAUAUUCGGUUGCUUUGCGCUUCUCUCUGGGUGCUUAGUUUUCAUCACGCCAGAGACCCUCGGUGCCAAAUUCCCUGACACCAUGGAGGAAGCUUCGAAUAUUGGCAAGAAGAAAGAUGGCACUAAAUAA